AUGGUCCUCGUCCUCGCCCUCGCCCUCAUCGGUGCCCUCCCCGUCGCUCUUGCCGCUCUUGCUGAGUCUGCAUCGCCCUUUGCUGGCUCUACUUCCACCGCAGCCUUCCCUCCUCCCGAUGUUACAGCAACAUUGUACGACUCCUACUUUCCCGAUGAGUCCCAAGUCGGCUUCCCCGGUGCGACCCCCACUGGAGCAGAGCCCGAGGCGAUCGCGACCGCCCCUGCAGCGUCCCUCAACUUUGACACAUAUCCAGUCAUCGUACCCUCCUCCCAGUACACCACAUCCGGUCCAGCAUUUAACCCCAUGUACCACUGGGGUAAUCUUGGACCAUGGUACUCUGUUGGUGGCGCCUUUGGCUUGCCUAACACUUCUCCUCAAAUUCCGGAUGGUUGUGAGCUAGAACAGGUGCACCUCCUGUUCCGUCACGGUGCCAGAUACCCUACCGCGGGUGAAGCCCCCAGCGUCCUUGCUGCCGCUUUGCACAAAGUGGCCCAGACUACAGGCUUUACCGCAUCGGGUCCUCUCGAAUUUCUCAACACCUGGACCUAUACCCUUGGUCAGGAGCUCUUGACUCCAUUCGGUCGAGAACAGCCGUUCCAGCUAGGAGUUGGUUUCCGAGUCAAAUAUGGGAGACUACUCGACAAAUUUACAAGUAUACCUGUCUUUCGAACGACUUCUAUGGAUAUGCGGUCCGUUCAGAUCGAAUGGUGGCUUCGAUGCAAGUCCAACUUUGCGGCUGGCUUUUUCGGCAUCCCACAGUACUUGACGUCCUAUCAUGAAGAGAUAAUCAUCGAAGCUACCGGGUACAAUAACACUCUUGCGCCCUAUGAUACCUGCACAGAUUCGAACAACGGUGUUGGUGGUACGAUAGGCGAUUACGCUUCCGGUAACUGGACUCAGAUCUACCUGAAGAAAACCACGGAGCGCCUGCAGCAGUACUUGACUGGGUUCACAUUAACCCCCGACUACGUAUAUGCUAUGCAGGCUCUUUGUUCUUACGAAACUGUAUCUUUGGGUUACUCCCAAUUCUGUGGUCUCUUCACAGAAGAAGAGUGGCGAGGCUUCGAAUAUUCCAUUGACUUAUCUUUUUGGUAUGGCCAAGGUCCCGGAAACCCUAAUGCUGCUGCCAGGGGCGUCGGUUACGUCCAGGAACUCCUUGCACGACUUACCAAAACGCCGUUGACAACCUUCGACACGACUCUCAACAGUACCUUGGACGGGAACAGUAUAACCUUCCCUCUAGAUCAGCCGAUCUAUGCGGAUGCUACCCAUGAUGUCGUCAUUGCAACUAUCAUCACUGCCCUGAACUUCACAUCCAUGGCGGCCGGUGGCCCUCUCCCGUGGGAUCACAUUCCAGUAGAUCACACGUAUCAUGUACAACACUUUGCAGCCUAUGCUUCCAAUCUUGUCGGCCAGGUCGUCUCAUGUCCCGCCUCGACAGAUUCCAUCAAGGAGACGUUCAUCCGCUUCCUACUGAACGACGGCGCCGUUCCGCUCACCGGAAUUGCACACUGUGAAGCCGAGAACGAAGACGGCUUGUGUCCGCUCGCCAACUUCAUCGAGGGCUUAAAGGAGCGCGUUGCUGAGAUUGACUUUGACUACGACUGCUACGGGAACUACACCAUUCCUACGCCUGAUACGAUUGUGAAUGGCCGGAUGAUUUAA